AUGGCAGACAAGUAUAAUGCUCAAAUGCGAAAUCGAACAUGGGACAUGGCUGAUCAUGACACUGCAAAAAACGUGAUAAGUUGUAAGUGGAUAUUCACAAUAAAAUAUCAUCUUGAUGGCUCAAUUGAUAGGUACAAGGCUAGGAUUGUGGCUCGGGGGUUCAACCAACGUUAUGGGCUUGAUUACUCGGAGACAUUUAGUCCGGUGAUCAAGACUACCACGAUCCGUACGGUGCUUGAAGUGGCAGUCAAGCGGAACUGGGCAAUUCAUCAGGUUGAUAUUAACAACGCGUUUCUUCAAGGAACGCUUCAUGAUGAGGUAUAUGUUACUCAGCCACCGGGUUUGUUGAUAAAGACCGGCCUCAUCAUGUGUGUCGCUUACGCAAGGCUCUCAACGGCCUCAAGCAAGCUCCACGAGCGUGGUAUCAAGAACUUCGAACCUUUCUCCUUCAAUUCGGAUGACAUAAUCAUAGCUGGGGAAAAAUUACUGGUCGAUGCGUUUAACAAGUCACUUGCAGCUCGUUUUUCUCUUAAGGAUCUUGGACCCUUACGCUACUUCUUGGGGAUUGAGGCCAUUCCCACCAACCACGGCCUUCACUUGAUGCAGCGCAAGUAUAUCACAGACCUCUUGGCCAAAACAAACAUGCAUAAUGCUAAUCUGGUACUGACUCCGAUGACUCAAAAGCCGUUACACGUCAACAUAGGCACCCCUCUUGCCGAUGCUUCUCAAUACCGCAUGGUCAUCGGGAGUCUUCAAUAUUUGUCAUUCACCAGGCCUGACAUUGCUUUUGCGGUGAACCGCUUGUCCCAAUUCAUGCAAACACCGACGACUGACCACUGGCAGGACGCAAAGCGUGUUCUCCGCUAUCUUGUGGGCACUAGAUCUCUUGGUAUAUUCCUUCGCCGUGAUGCACCGCUCUCCAUACAUGCUUUUUCUUAUGCAGAUUGGGGUUGUGAUAAAAGCACGUAUCGGUCAACCAAUGCAUAUAUUGUGUAUCUCGGUGGGAGUCCCAUCUCAUGGUCCUGA